ACGGCGUUCGCCAAAGUCCUCACCUCCUUUCUUCUUGCUCAAUAGCAAGAUUGCUACAGAAAAAGCGGCGACCCAUCUUACUUUCUACCUCCAUGGUUAUUAUUAUGAAUAGUCGUAAAGAAAAAGCAUGUGAAGUGUUUUAGUUGAAAUGUUGGUACCGAAAUUUGUUUGAAGAAGUUUCUUUGAGAAUAUUUACCAGGUGUAAUUAUCCAUUUUUAUAAAUUAAUGCAGUUCAACCCUGUGAUGUGAAAAUAUUCUGAAUUGGGUAGUUUCUCCUUUUCAAAAGAAUUAUACAACGUGUGAAGGGGAUUUUUGGCACGCCGAUUUUAAAAAAAAAGUGUACUGCGCUGUUCAUUUUUGCAAUUAAAUGACAGACUGGGUCAAAGUAAAUGAAUUUAUUAUUAAAAUGCAAAAAAUAAGCAAUGUGAACGGGAUAUCCUUUGUGCAUAUAGAAAAUGUAGUUUCUUUAAACGUGCCGAAAAAUUUUGAUGAUGAUCAAAAAGAGCAGUGCAGUCAAGUAUUAGAACAGCAGGGUAUGUUAAAUAAGCAUAUGCAUAAAGAUUUGCAUAAGAAAUCAUUUGUAUGUGAUCAGUGUAACAAAUCGUUUACAAAAAAGUCAAAUUUGACUAGACAUAAGCUUUCUCACAGUGAUGCAAUAGUGUAUGCAUGUCAGAUAUGCAACAAAUCAUUUGCUCGUAAAGAUACCUUAACUAGGCAUAUUGAUACCCAUACUCAUACAUGCACAGAACCAGAUGAAUGUGAUAUAUGUUGUAAGACAUUUGCAAUUGCGGAUGAGAAAGCACAUGUAUGUGAAAUAUGUGGCAUGUCAUUUCUAAAAAAAUGUAACUUGACUUCCCAUUUGCACAUCCAUACAGGUGAAAAACCAUAUGAGUGUCAACUGUGCAAGAAGUCAUUUAUGACGAGGUCCAAUUUAAAUAGACAUAUAGUUAUUCAUACUGAUGAGAAAGUGUAUAUAUGUUAUGUAUGCCAUAAAUCAUUUAUAUGUGAAUAUAGCUUAAACAGACAUAUUGAUGCCCAUAUCCAUACAUGCACAAAACCAGAUGAAUGUGAUGUAUGUUGUAAGUCAUUUGCAAACACAAGUAAAAAAUCAUAUCUAUGUGAUAUAUGUGGUUUGUCAUUCGUAAAACAAUGUAACUUGAAUUCACAUGUGCUAACUCAUUCAGGUGAGAAACCUUAUAAGUGUGAUAUAUGUAACCUAUCUUUUACACAUAAACAUACUUUAAUGAGACAUAUGUCUAUCCACAAGAAUUUGAAAUCAUAUGUUUGUCAUGUAUGUAGAAAAUCAUUUUCACGCAAGGAUAACUUGAAAACACAUUUGGAUACUCACGUUCCGGAGAAACAACAUAAAUGCGAUUUGUGUUCCAAAUUAUUUUCACGAAAGGAUAAUUUAAAGGCACAUAUGUAUAUCCACACACGAGACAAAGCACAUGAAUGUAGUUUAUGUUGUACAUCACUGCCAAGAAAGUGUCGAUUAUCAAAACCUCAGAUAAGGAAGAAAACUCACGUGUGCAAUAUAUGUAAGAAGGCAUUUUCAGGUAAUUUUAAUCUAAGUACUCAUAUGCUUACCCAUACAGGUGAAAGACCACAUAAAUGUGAUAUUUGUCAUAUGUCAUUUGCACACAAAAAUGCCUUAACAAGACAUAUGCUUACUCACACAGGUGAGAAACCACAUGUGUGUGUAAUAUGUCACAAAUCAUUUAGAACUGCUUCUGGUUUAAAAACACAUAUGCGUACUCACACUGGUGAGAAACCACAUGUAUGUGAUGUAUGUAGUAAAGCAUUUGCACGUAAACAUGUCUUAAAAGAACACAUGCAGACACACAAAGAGAAUUAACUAUUUAGAUAUAAUGUAUCUGUAAUCUGUAACACAUGUUAAAGUUUACAAAUUGACUUGAUUCAGAUAUAUUGCAAAUUAUAUGUAUGCUAGUGAUACGUUUUCUUAUAAUGUUUUCAUUUAAUAUUCAUGAUGUUUAAAAUAGCCCAGAAUCUUAAGAAUUAUGUGUCUGCAGGUUUAUUAAUUGAUGUGUUAUUUCUUAACAUGAUAAAAAAAU